AUGGCAUCUGUUCAUCGUCUGCUUCUUCAACUGAAUCAAAUAUUCUUGUUCUGUAUAUUCAUUCAAGCAAACCUUUGUCGUUCUUCAACAAAGUCAGUCAUUUUACCUCUCAAAACCAAGCAAAUCUCAUCUGGGUCCAUCCCAAAACCACCAAACAAGCUCUCUUUCCACCACAACGUGUCCCUUACUGUUUCACUCACCGUUGGAUCACCCCCACAGCAAGUUACCAUGGUCAUUGACACAGGCAGUGAACUCUCUUGGCUUAACUGCAAGAAAACUCCAAGCACACCCUCCACAUUCAAUCCUCUAUCCUCUUCAUCAUACUCACCAAUCCCAUGUUCAUCGCCAACCUGCAGGACCCGAACCCGUGACUUCACCCUACCCGUUUCAUGUGACCCAAAAAAACUGUGUCAUGCCACUCUCUCCUACGCCGACGCCACCUCUGUAGAAGGCAAUCUCGCUUCCGAGACCUUCCACAUUGAAAACUCGGGUCUACCAGGUAUGGUAUUCGGGUGCAUGGACUCGGGUUCUACCUCAAACCCGGAUGAGGACGCGAAGACAACCGGAUUAAUUGGCAUGAACCGGGGCUCCUUAUCGUUCAUAUCUCAAAUGGGUUCUCCGAAAUUUUCAUACUGCAUAUCGGGUCGUGACUCUUCGGGUGUUUUACUUUUCGGUGAAGCAACCUUUCCUUGGCUAAGGCCUUUGAAUUACACUCCGUUGGUUCAAAUUUCGACUCCGUUACCCUAUUUUGAUCGGGUUGCUUAUACGGUUCAGCUUGAAGGAAUCAAAGUAUCGGGUAGGGUUUUACCCUUACCAAAAUCCAUAUACGCGCCUGACCAUACCGGUGCGGGUCAAACCAUGGUUGACUCAGGUACCCAGUUCACUUUCUUACUUGGCCCUGCUUACACUGCAUUGAAGAACGAGUUCAUGAAGCAAACCAAAGGGGUAUUGACGGUCUUGGAUGACCCGAAUUUUGUUUUCCAAGGGGCAAUGGAUUUGUGUUACAGAGUUGAGCAGAGUCGGACGAGUCUGCCGCCUUUGCCGACUGUGAAUUUGAUGUUCCGAGGAGUGGAAAUGAGUGUCGCCGGCGAGAAGUUAUUGUACCGGGUACCAGGUGUGACACGAGGGAGGGACGCUGUGUAUUGUUUUACGUUUGGAAAUUCGGAUUUGUUGGGUAUUGAGGCGUAUGUGAUUGGACACCAUCAUCAACAAAACUUGUGGAUGGAAUUUGAUAUUGCUCGAUCAAGGGUUGGAUUGGCCGAGGUUAGGUGUGAUUUAGCAAGUCAAAGACUUGGCUUGGGCAUCUAA